CGCAGCCCCCAAGGGCUCCGGCCCGCGCCCCCAGCGGGAUCGUCCCCACCGGGGCCCCCAGCUGGCAGAGACUCGUCCCCCUCCCCCCUCCCCGGUUUCCCGGAAUCAGCCCAAUGCUCGGAAAGGCUCCGGCCACUUUCGGUUUCCACCUGACUCGGGCAAGUUCAGGGAUUGGAGCUGCCAGACCCGGCUCGUCGCCCGCCCCGGGAUGUGGGUCGGCAGCUGAUAGGGCUCGGCCGGGAGUCGUCACUCAUGAAGCACCCCCCAGCCAGAGAGAGAACCCAGGAGUCCGGGCGCCCAGGUCCCGCCCCGCCCCGGCUGGAGGAGCAGCGGGGUCACGAGGCGGCUGAGCUGGGCUCUGGGCGAAUUUUCCUCUCGCUUUCCAGACUGGCUGGGGCUGGGGACGAGCAGGAAAGACGCUGCCCCCCCCCCCCCGACGCUGAAUUCACCCGGCUUCCUCGCUGAGCGACCAGCCCCCGGGCUCUCUGCCGCUCCCUCUCUUUAGCCCAUGGCCAUGGAGCAGCCCGUGUGCCUGGUGGGGAAUGGGGCCGAUGGGGAGCUGGAGGUGAACCCUGCGGCGCUGGAGAUCCUGCAUGGCGUGGCCCAGCCCGUGGUGGUGGUGGCCAUCGUGGGGCUGUACCGCACCGGCAAGUCUUAUCUCAUGAACUCCUUGGCCGGGAAGAAGAAAGGGUUCUCGCUGGGCUCCACGGUGCAGUCGCACACCAAGGGCAUCUGGAUGUGGUGCCUGCCCCACCCCCGCUGGGACGGCCACACCCUGGUGCUGCUGGACACCGAGGGGCUGGGGGACGUGGAGAAGGGCAACACGAAGAACGACGUGUGGAUCUUCGCGCUGGCCGUGCUGCUGAGCAGCACCCUGGUCUACAACAGCAAAGGGACCAUCGACCAGUACGCCAUGGAGCAGCUGCACUUCGUGUCGGAGCUGACGGAGCACAUCAAGGUGAAGGCGCAGGGAGGGGACGACCUGGAGGAGGACACGGAGUUCGUCCGCUUCUUCCCCAGUUUCGUCUGGGCCGUGCGGGAUUUCAUGCUGGAGCUGAGGAUCGAGGGGCAGCUGGUGACGGAGGAUGAGUACUUGGAGCACGCGCUGGCCCUGAAGAAAGGCAUCAACAAGAAGGUGAUGGACUACAACCUGCCGCGACAGUGCAUCCGCAAUUUCUUCCCCACCCGCAAGUGCUUCCUGUUUGUCCAGCCAGCAUCGCGGCAGGAGAUGGGCCAGCUGGAUUCGCUGCCCACCAGUGCCCUGGACCCGCAGUUCCUGGAGCAGACCCGCCAGUUCUGUGACUACGUCUUCCAGUGCUCCCACGUCAAGACAGUUAAAGGAGGGAUUCUGGUCAAUGGGCAAAGGUUCAGAUCCUUAGUGCAGAGCUACGUGGGCACCAUCCGCAGCGGGCAGGUGCCCUGUCUGGACAACACGGUGACCGCCAUGGCCGCCAUCGAGAACGAGGCGGCCCUCAGGGAGGCGCUGGCUCACUACACAGCUGGGAUGGGGGGGCUGCAGCUGCCGGUGGAGCUGGGCGAGCUCUCAGCGCUGCACGGGAGGUGCGAGGCGGACGCCCUGCGGCUCUUCAUGCAGCGCUCCUUCAAGGACGAGGAGCAGGGAUUCCAGAAGCAGCUGGUGGCCGGGAUCACGGAGCGAUACGGAAACCUCCUUGCAGAAAACGAGGCCGUUUCAGAGCAGACCUGCCGCGCGCUGCUGGAGGAGCUCUCGGCCGCCAUGCAGCAGAAACUCAGCGCUGGGCUUUACUCCCAGCCCGGUGGGUACCAGGCCUACGACAGGGACCAGAACUGGGUGGUGGAGAAUUACCGGGCGAAGGCCAAGAAAGGGGUCAAGGCAGAGGAGGCUCUGGAGCAGUUCCUGGCCAGUAAGAAGGUGGAGGCGGAGGCCGUGCUGAAGGCCGACAAGCUGCUGACGGAGGCGGAGAAGCACAUGGCCGAGGAGAAGCAGAAGGCUGAGCUGCUGGAGCAGCAGUGGAAGGCGGCAGAGGAGAAGCGGCUGCAGACGGAGCAGCUGCUGAAGGACCAGGAGCGCAGCCACCAGGAGAACGUGAAGCAGCUGGAGGCCAAGGUGGCGGAGGAGCUGGCCAGUGCCCGGCAGGAGGCAGAGCGGGCGCUGGAGAGCAAGCUGAAGGAGCAGGAGGCCAUGCUGCAGAAGGGCUUCGUGGAGAAAGCCAGGCUGAUGGAGGACGAGAUCUCGGGGCUCAAGCGGGAGAUCAGCUCUGCCAGCAAAAUUGAUUUUCUGUCAGAUCUUUUCAGCACCAUCAGAGAGGCGCUGAGAACCGUCACCUGCGUGUCCAAUUACCUGAGAUCUAGGCACCAGCGUGGGAAGGGAACGAGUAACCCGAGUAAAACCCAGAGAUGAAAGUAGCCAGGCCCCUGUGGGGUCCCCCCAACAGCAAGUCCCACAAACACUGCUUCCCUUUAGAAUCAAAAGCUGCUUCUGACUAAUUCCUGCAAUCUGCCAGCCCCCACAGCUACUAACACGGCCUGGAGCUGUCUGCAAAAGGAAAUCACAGGGUGCCUGGGUUCUGUCCCCAGCUCUGGGAGGGGAGCAGGGUCUAGUGGUCAGAGCAGGUGGGCUGGGAGCCAGGAUGUCUGGGUUCUCUCCCCACCUCCUGCACUGUAAUUCUGUGUAACUUUGUGCUGAUCACAUCACUGUUCUGUGCAUCAGUUUCCCCCUGUGAAAUGGGGACCGUCCCUCAGGGUGGGGAGGAUGAAGGGUUAUUUGUCUGUUAGGUGCUGAGUGGAUUGUGCUAUCCACACGCACAGUGGCAACAUAGGGUGAAGUGAGCUGUAGCUCACGAAAGCUUAUGCUCAAAUAAAUUUGUUAGUCUCUAAGGUGC